AAACGUGUCACCAUAAUUUCAAUCCUUAUUCAGAAUCGAAACCAGAAAUGCUCUGGAACGCAAGCACUUCUCAGUAUUUGUCUUUAUGCAAAAAGGACACCAUCAAAAGUCAUCGAUGCUCUUGCACAUGCCGGUAUCUGUUUCUCUUAUUCAAGCAUACUGAAUAUGAUUGGCUCGCUAUCUCAAGAUCAUACAUGCCAACUAAAGAGGCUCAAGGGCGAUGGAAAACUUUCCCGUGUCAUGCUUGCAUAUGAUAAUUUCGAUGUCAACAUCUCUACUUCUCAGCCAACUAUACAACGACAAGGCUACAUGCUCAAUGCCACCUCUGGUAUCUUCAUCCCUCUUGCUCAUGUUGACCCUGAAUCUCUUCGUGUAUCGGACCACCUUUGGCACUGUGAUCUUCGUAAUCCACAUCGAGACCGAUCAGUUCCUGUUUGA